UUUUCCUUUYGUUUCAGGCACUGUCGCUCUGCAAAAUGAUGAUUCCGAAGGUUUUCUGUAGGAAAAAUGAAGAUUAUGACCUGAAGUAAAACGCUGGCAGAAAUCACUGGAGGUUUUUGCCUUUAUUUUGCCUUUAUUUUUUUUUUUUCUUCCUCAAAGGAUUAUGUUUACAAGAAAUUGCUGACAUCRAAAGACAAACACUUAUUAGAAGUACAGUAAUUAACAAGAAUACGGGCUGUAUUUAUGCGCAAAGAAAACUGGAUUAACAAUGAGGCCAAAGACUUUCCCUGCUACGACAUAUUCUGGAAACAGCAGACAGAGGUUACAGGAGAUUCGAGAGGGUUUAAAACAACCAUCCAAAUCUUCAAGUCAGGGGCUACCGGUUGGACCAGGCAGUGAAACUUCUCUGGACACCAAGAUUUUAGUAGGGAAGGAUGCUGCAAGGCAGCAGCAGAUGAGACAGACCCCCAAGUUUGGACCUUACCAGAAAGCCCUCCGAGAAAUCAGAUACUCGCUGCUGCCUUUUGCCAAUGAGUCGGGCAGCACAGCAGCGGUUGAGGUGAACAGGCAGAUGCUGCAGGAACUGGUGAAUGCGGGUUGUGAUCAGGAGAUGGCUGUCCGAGCACUGAAGCAGACAGGGAGCAGAAGUAUUGAGGCAGCUCUGGAGUAUAUCAGUAAAAUGGGCUACUUGGACCCUAGAAAUGAGCAGAUAGUCCGUGUGAUUAAGCAGACCUCACCAG